AUGAUUAACUUUGAACUGCUUCUUAGAAAAGAAACAAGACAGCCACUGGUGCAAACGAUACUCAGGCAGAUUUUAAAGGAAUCUAGGAAGCAGACCGAUGAAGUUGUGAGGAAGUAUUUGAUAUCUACGACCCUUUAUUGCUUUAAAUUAGAAAAGAAAAGCACGGAAUUGAAGAAAAUUGAAAAUUUUUUGAACUUGCAGAAUGACUUACUUAAUGCGAUCAAAAAAGCUAACAAUAAUAACUGAGAAAGCAAGAAAUAUUUGGUGGAUUUGGCAUAUGGGCAGAUAUGUUUUACUCCAAGGCAUGAUCAUUUUAUUCAAGCUAGAUAUUUAGGCAAACUUCCGUUUGGUAAGAAGCCCUUAUUGGCUAUGCCUUAUAAAGAAGGAUAUCAAAUCACGGGGCCUAAUCCAGUGCCAAUUGAAUUUUUAAAUCACGCAAAGGACUAUAUUAAGCAAAAUCCUUCUCAAGCAGGAAUUUAUGAGGACAUAUUAAGAUUCACAUUCAAUUAA